CUGUAAUUUGCCAUAAUUUUUUUUUUAAAAUACUGAUUAUUGUUUGUGAGGUAAUUAUGAUAUCACUUAUUUAACCAGUGGUCCUUGAUCUUUUGAUUUAGUUGAUUUUCUAGCCCAUGAAUAAAUCCAAUUUUUUAUUAACAUUUUUAAUUGUUUAUUAGUUGACCAAACCCGUCGGCACUCACUUCCAUCACCCCUCCGCCGAUCCGCCACCGUCUGCACCGCCGUCCCCGUCAUCCACCACCCAAACCCGUUGUCACUCCCAACCUUCCAUCAACGCCGCCGCCUCCUCCGGCGACGUCAACCACAGUAAAUCCAAAAGCUUCCUCCGAGAUCUCAUUGCGCUUCAAAUCCCACCGAACAACAGCGUGUUAAUUUCUCGGACGUUACUCUUCGCUCUCACUCGUAAUUGGUUUGAAAAAAGUGAAAUCGAGAGUUGGAAACGCAUAAAAUGAGUGAUGCUAAUGAUAGUUCGGAUUCAAAGAAGGUAGUUUUUGUGACAGUUGGAACAACUAGUUUUGAUUCGUUGGUUAAAUCUGUAGACACUCGCGAGGUUAAAGAAGCAUUGUUCAAAAAGGGUUACACCCAUCUUCUCAUUCAAAUGGGUCGCGGAUCUUACAUCCCCACAAAGUCUGCUGGAGAAGAUGGUUCUUUAUCUGUCGAUCACUUCACAUUUUCGUCAAGCAUAGCUGAGUUUCUCAAGUCAGCAUCUCUUGUUAUUAGUCAUGCAGGUUCAGGGAGCAUAUUCGAGACGUUGAAAUUGAGAAAGCCCCUAAUUGUUGUGGUUAACGAGGAUUUAAUGGAUAAUCAUCAAAGCGAGCUGGCUGAAGAACUCGCCGAAAGAAAUCAUUUGUUCUGCGCUCAUCCAAACACGCUUUACGAGACUGUUUCUGCCAUGGAUUCAGAUUCCCUUGUUGCUUAUCAACCUGGUAAUGCUACGCCUGUUGCUAAAUUUAUCGACAGGUUUUUAGGUUUCACAGAUGAAUGACUAUGAAAUAUGACAAACAACUUUUUUUUUUUUUUAAUUGUCAUACACUCGUACUUUCUACAAUGUAUACUUCUUUAUAUUUUCCCGCACAUGAAAUUCGGAAAAUAAAAUGUAAGGUCUUGUGUUCUAUC